GACCAUGUUAAGGUCUCUUCGUCAGAGGGUCGUAUCGUUGGCGUUGUUGUAUGCCGGAACCCGGGUGUACAGUCCGACCGACAGGUUAUCCGUGCAUGCGCGCCUGUAAGGGAUCUGGAGGUGGGAGUGAGAGGGUGUGUGGAAGAAGAAACUCAUUCGUUGACUUAUCCAAACUUUCUGCAUUUCCUCCUACAGAGUUUAUCUGAGGUUUCGAAUCCAGCUGAUUCCCAACUGCCUUGCGUAACACCUUGUCACAUAAAGAUGACUGACAAUUCGGGGAAAUAUCGAUACCCUCGCUCCAGCUCUAAGGGUAUAUUGUAUGAUUCAAAGGACGAUAGUGUUCUAUGUGUAGGUCCGAGGGCAGAUAGUACUGGCUCCUGGAGAGCCUCCGUUUUCCGACACUGCCAAUUACCUCACUAUCCGUCGCCAGGACCCCCCUCUCCCCAACCAUAUACCACGAAAGCGCCAGGUUGCAUAUUCCACCUUUGCCUUCUGCACACAUGUACAUUCAACCACGAUUACAUGUUCUGGAUUGUUUAUCCGCCGACCCUGUGGUUCUGCCUAUACUCUCACCCUGAAGUCCGUUCAGGCGCAACGAAUUUGAUAGAACUGCGGAUGCUUCCCAAAUUUCUAAAACAUAAAAGAAAGCUGUCUUCCUACUACCAGUAUCAGAGCUACUAUUCGAGAUCCUUCUUGACGCAUCCCAUAUUACCUGGCACAAGCCAUGCGUUUCUCAUCUAUCCUCGCUGUUGUUGUUGCUUUGACAACAUCAAUGUCUGUCACUGCAUGCCUUGUGGAAUUUGAUAUUUGCGGCAAUGACAUCGACUCAAAAUGCUGCAAAGGUUAUACUUGUACGAAGGAUCCUCGUUACCGCCUCACGUACUGCUAUUAAUACUCUCCCGAUGU